AUGAAGACCGGAGUCAUUCUCUCGGCCCUUGCCGGCGUGCUUUUCUCUCAAACACUCGCUGCUCCUCUUGUUCCCGCGGAGCUCGCUCGCGAGGCACAGAACCAAGAGCUCUCCUCCAAUGCCGCAACUCCCAUUGCCAAACGACUUGCUGGAACUCCAGUCGGUACUCCAAUUGCCCUUCCACUUGCUACCAACAAUGUCGCAACUCCCAUUGCCAAAACACCUGUAGGGACUCCAGUUGGUACUCCAAUUGCCAAAAGACUUGCCGGAACUCCAGUUGGUACUCCCAUCGCCCUUCCGCUUGCUACUGCCAAUGGAGCAGCCGAAGAAGAACUGGCCGCCAACAAAGUCUUCAGACGCGAGUCUCAAGAGGAUGCUAUGUCGCCAUCCGUCUUCGCGUUCGCAUACCUACAGCCUGCCGAUGAGGAUAACAGCGAACCCAUCACUGCCAACAAGAUCUUUCUAGCUCACGGCGAAUCCUCGGCCAACAAGGUCUUCAAACGUGACCUUCGGCUUGCAAAUGAUCCAGCUGAUGCUCUCUCCCCGUCUGUCUUCGCGUUUGCGUAUGUUCAGUCUGCGGAUGUGAAUGACAGCGACCUCAUCACUGCUAACAAGGUCUUCAAGAGGGGUCUCAUCAUUGCCAGCGACCCUGCCGACGGCGACGCAUCGGCGAACAAGAUAUUUCUCGCUGAUGGCGAGUCAUCUGUCAACAAGGUUUUUCUAGCUGAGGGUGAGGCUUCGGCUAAUAAGGUCUUCAAGAGACGUCUCAUACUCGCCAGCGACCCGGCCGACGGCCCGGUCUCAGCCAACAAGGGCUUUCUAGCUGAGGGCGAGGCUUCAGCCAACAAAGUCGCCAAGAGGGAUCUCAUCCUCGCCAACGACGACCUGAGUAGCGCGGGCUUCUACUCGAUCUACUGGAACGCGGCAGCUGACGAAUCCUUGGCUGAUGGUGAAGCUUCGAUCAACAAGGUCUUUCUAGCUGAUGGCGAGGCAUCGGCUAACAAAGUCGACAAGAGAGGUCUCAUCCUCACCGACAAUGACUCGAAAAGCGCGGGUUUCUACUCGAUCUACUGGAAUGCGGCAAGUGACGAAUCCCAAGAUGCCGCUGCUACUCUUCGGGGAGCUACCGCUGGUGCUGGUCCCAUCGCUGUCCCGCCUCUCGCGAAUUAA